AUGUUUAUAUACCUUGUUCUUCUUUCGCUCACGGCUACUAUUUCUCUUGCCUCUGCACCACCGUCCGGCUCAGCUCAAUGUCGACAAAUAACUAUCCCCGUAUCGGUCACGGCGCUUACACAAAACAUAGAGCUUACGGCGCCUAAAAACCAAUCGGAGCUGACUGGCUUUAUUACAAAGGUCACGAGUCUGUCUUCCAACGUAACUGCGGAUGUUCUGCAAGGGCAAAGAAAUUUAACAGCAAACUACAAGAUUUGGAGUCUGCUCUGCCUUCCAGUAACUGUUUCAUCUGAAAGGGCCAUAACGACUGUUGAGUUUGCGGUUCAUGGCAUCAAUUUUGAUCAUAGUUACUGGAACUUUGGAGGGAAAGGGUCCAAAUAUAACUAUGUAGAUGUUGCGAAUCGAGCUGGUCAUGCAGUCUUUCUCUAUGAUAGAUUGGGAGUUGGUCAUUCGAGUAAACCCGAUGGUAUACAGCAAGUACAGACAGCCACCCAAGUCGAAAUUGCCGCUCAAUUGAUCAAAUACCUCAAGAGUGGAAAAUCAGGCUACACGUUUACGAGGUUUAUUGGAUUAGGUCACUCAUAUGGAAGUCUUCAACUACUAGGUUUAGCCUCAAAAUACGGGAAUCUUUUGGAUGCAAUUAUUCUCACCGGAUUUUCCCCGUUUCAGGGAGGCAUAAGCACCUCUUUGGCAGCAUUCGGACUGACCAUAGCUUCUGAACAAAAUAAAGCGAGAUUUGGUAGGCUUUCAGGUUCAUUACCUAGCUCUUAUCUCACAACACAGUCAAUCUACAAUGAUCAAUCUGCGUUUUUCGCUUUCCCAUUCUUCGAUUUCAAUGUCCUCAAAAUCGCCUCCUCGACCAAAGGAACAGCGACUUUGGGCGAGUUUCUCACCCUAUCUGCCUCGGUGGCAUCCAAUUAUACGAAUCCUGUGUUUGUUGUCACUGGGGAUAAAGACUUCAUUUUCUGCGGCGGAGACUGUUUCCAGAAAUUCCCUGGAGCGUCGGUAAAUCUUGUGGAAGCCUCCGGUGUCCUAUUCCCGGCCGUACAGAAGUUUAACGUCUCAAUCCCCGCCAAUACUGGACAUGCCAUUAACGUUCACUUUUCUGCUCCAAAUGUCUACAAGGAAAUUCAAAACUGGAUUGCCUCUAACGUAUAA